AUGGACUCGUAUCGCUCGGCUCGCACAACCGCCAUGGCAGACGCAGAUGACCGAGGCCGCCCCGUCUUCUCUCGUCCUCGACCCACGCCAUCUGGCUUGGACGAGCUGCGUCGCAACUUGCACCAAGCUCAUGCGCGCGAAUCCACCCAUCGGCCCUACUACCCCUCGCCGCUGUCCCAGUCGCCUCUGCAGGCGUCGCUCUCCUCCACCACCCAUACCGCCGCCUCGGUCGCCAGCACGUCUCGCACCACACUCUCCACCUCCACCACACCUCCGUCCACUUCGUCUCGCUUCUCCAUCAACCAGGCUUUCAAGGCUUUGACCGACGAUGACAUCCACUUCUUUGACCGCCUCAUCUCCACCCUCCCGCCGCAAGCGGCUGACUUUUCGCAGCUCAAAAGUGCCUAUACUCGCCUCUUGCCAUCCGAGUUGGAGCACAGGUCCCACCAUUCCCGAGACACCCCAACCGAUACCGAUUGGGACACUCACCUCUGGGCCAUCCUCCUCAGCCUCGUCAAAGUACGCGGCACAAACUGGCGAGAGCGUUGGGACUCGGUCCGCCUCGCCUUCGGUCUCGAUCCACACAGCGGCGACGAGACCGAUCAGAGCGCCUCGACGCAGAGCUCGCAAGCCAGCGCAUCCAGCUCCUCGACACACGAUCGUGUCGAGCCUCCCUCCCAGCCCAGCUGGCGUUUGCUCGAUCACGUCUCGCAGCGCAGCGCACCGAGGAGAGAUCAUCCGCUUAAGCGAACGACACCACGCCCGCAACGUGCUGCAAUUGGCUCACAACGCUCAAGAAGCCCGUCGCCUCCACCAUUGGUCUCACGAGCAGAGCCUCAAGGUCGGUCACAUCACGGCGCCCACCACGACAGAAACGCUCAAGCACAGCACGCACAACCCUCGCUCGACGACUCCAUUUCGGCCAUCCAAGCUCGUCUCAGCACUUUGCUCGACCCCGAAGAAAAGCUGCACCGUGGCUACCAUAACGACAUUUCCAAUCAGAGAUCGUCAUCUCCUCCUGCCUCAAGCGAGACUGCCUUACAGACGACGCCUCGCCUCCCCAACGAUACCAAGCGACGCUUCGACGACCUCGUUCGCUCCUCUCAGCUCGAACGUGCUCAGCUGCGAAACUCGCAAUCCGCAAUACGGCAGCGAGAGCAAGACCAAAGGCAGACAGCAGACGAGCAUCUCGCAGACCUCUUCCGCAAACGCCGCCUUCUUCAAGUCUCCCUGGCAUGGUGGGCCGCCCUGGCUCAGCAACAGGCUGAAAAGUGCCAGAAUGCAGCUGCAGCCGCUGCCCGCGUCCGCCUUACCAAAGCGUGGGAGCGUUGGCGCGCCCAGACACACCAGGAUCUCGAAGGACGGCGCAUAGGCGAAAGAACAGAUCGCGUGCGCUGUACUCUCACCGCAUUCCGCCGCUGGAAGCGAACCACGCACAUCGCCGCAGAGCGCAAGCAGGAGCUCAGAAAGGAGUCCAUGCGCUCCGCCUACUACACUACCACCGUGGCCGUCCGCAAGCGCAUCUUGACGCAGGCGCUACAUUGCUGGCGCGAGCGUCGGAUCGACGCCGUCGCCAAUCGAGUGCGAAGACGACAUCUCCAGGCAGGCGCUUUUGCCCUCUGGCAGAUGCGAUCGCUGCAUGUACAGCAGCUACGCACUCGCGAACGCGCAGCCAAGGCCAAGCACAAUCGAGCUACGCUUGCGCACGCGUGGAGCGUGUGGACCGAGCGAGCCGAGACAGCAAGCGCCGUCGGUGACUUCCAGCACCAUCACAAUCGCAUCUUGCUCUUGGAUACAUUUCACGACUGGAGGCAGAAAGCCAUGCUCUCGAGGCUCGCCGAGGCGUUCACGGAACGCCGCCUCAAGCUUGCCGCGCUUGACUCGUGGAAGAUGGCGCUCGACCAGCGGCGUGUCCAUGGAAAGCAGGAAGCGCUCGCAGCACGGUGGCAUUUGCGCAGGGUCAAACAAAGCGCACUCACAGCCUGGCGCCAUCGACUCCAAACCGUUGCCAACAUGCAGCGAACCGCCACCGAGAUCCACGAUGACCGCCGGUGGGAGACAGUCGGCGUCGUCUUUCGGCGCUGGCAGCUGCAUGCGCGCGCAGCCUUAUUCGACCGUGCCCAAGCCGCUGAAAGCCUGCAAAGCGCUUUCUACCACUGGAAGCACCGCCACCGUGCUCUUGUCGAAAGCUUGCAGCAGCGCGAAUCUACACUCGCAUGCAAACGCCAACGGCAUAGCCUGUCGGUGGUGUUUCAGCGCUGGAAGAAUGUUGCACAGCAUAUCCAAGCACGAGAAGAGCUUGCCGUGGCGCGCAGAAGCGAGAGCAUCUGCAGCAACGCCUUUGUCGCUUGGAGGAGCAACCAUCUGCAACUCCGCCUGCGCGCCGAGAAGGCCGCCGCUGUGUCGGACUAUUUCGUCCUCCGAUCUGGGUUCCAGCAGUGGCGUGCUCAGCUGCGCGAGCAGCGCGCAGAGCGUAAAGCAGCCUCGCAUGAUCGGCGGCUGUUGCAGCAGACGUUUGAGAUCUGGCGCGCCCGAACAGCCAAGCAGCAACGCCUGGAUUCGCUGCUGCAGCGCUCGCUCUCCAAGAGCAACAGAAUGCUGGCGCGGUCGUAUCUUGGCCAAUGGGUCGGCCGCAUAAUCGAGGUGCGCAGCAGGGAGCUUGAAGUCAAAGAGGAGCGCGACAGGCGGCUGGUCAAGACGGCCUUCUAUGCGUGGAUCGAUGCGUGUUUGCGACACGAUGACCUACUGGCGCUCAUGAACAGCUAUAUCGACGUCAAGCAGGAGGAUCGCAAGAAGCGCACAUUUGCACUUUGGCUCGCAUCGGCUCGGGCGCAGAAGGAGCGGCGCGAGAAGGAGGAGCUCCUGACCGCGUCGGUACGCACACGACGGCUUGCGAGCACGGUGGCGUUGUGGCGGGACAGGAUGCGGGAACGCGCUCUGGCGACGCAGGAAUACGAGAUGCUCAUGCGGCGACAGCAGCUCUCAUUGCAAUGGGCGCUGCGUUCGUGGCAGUCGCACACAAGCAUGCUACCCGCGAUCCGCAUGCGCAAUACGUCGCUCAAGCGCACUGCCGUGCAGCACUGGCGAGACAAGCUGCCCGAAGCGCAGAUGAGCAACGACGCAGAUAGGAUUGCCAGACGAAAGACGGUGGAGAUGGUGUGGACGCGGUGGACGGACCAGGUGAAGCGCAGACGACAGCUGCGAGCUGCGGCACGGUUUGGCGCGGGAAGUAUCACUGCCGAAAGGCUGCGUACGCUUUCGGCAGCGGCAGCAGCAAACAGGUCCGGGGGAUCGUCGUCACCGAUGCAGCGAUCUUCAUCACCACUCACCGCGCUGGUGGUCACGUCGACGCCGAGACAGCGGCCCAGGACCAGCUUUGCGCUGCUUCCGCCCACGAGGGAAAGUGCACGCACUGGGCGGAGCGCGUCCCUUCCGCAUUCGGAAGGCGGAGAUUCGCCUUCGCGAGAGGUAGCGGCUCGAAGAGAGUUGGUGCCUGCAGCUACGUUGACGGCGACAAGUGCGAGCGAGCGGAGCCGCUUCUCGCUCGCGCUGCACUCGUCCAGCUCGUCCGUCUCACCACCCCAUGACCCCCCUGCCGUGCCCGCAAAGUUCAGAGAAGAUGCGACACUCGCAUCUGCUACCCAGCAUCCACACACCCGGCCCAAGCGCUCGGCCAAGUACGCCGACGCUCGCGGCCGAAGCGGAUCAAUAUCUGUGGAUCCAGCAGCAAAGACGCGGAGAGAGGAGGAGGAGGUGGAGUCGGUCAGGUCGGCUCCGGUGCGCACGGCGUCGCGUGCAGUGGGCGAGGAUCUGAUCAGCCAGCUCCGUGAGAGAGCAAAGUCCAGGAACCGUGUACAGUAG